AUGUUGAAUACACUUCUUGCGACCAGAUUAUUGUCACAAUAUAAGGUGGAUUUGCUUGGUAAUAUAUUAUCCGGUAACCAGACAAGCAUGUAA